AUGGCCGAUACACUCAACAUCACUGCAGUUUCAAGCAGCUUCGAUUUAGUAAAAGCUGGUACCCUCACCCGUCUUCAUCCUGGUCAGUCCGCAAUCGUUCAGAUUGGAGUUAAAAACAAGGCGGGAGUGGCGGCUGGUACAUCCUGCAGCGGCGUUGUCACUGCCACUUGGGGAACUGCAUAUGGGCCCCCAAUAACCUCUACCGAGACCGUUUCUGGAAGUUGUGGAUUCGGCGACUAUACAGCAGACGCAAAUAGUUUAUCGCUGCACAGGAGUCCGGAUUGGUUCAACGAAGCUAAGUUUGGAAUCUUCAUUCACUGGGGCCUAUAUUCAGCUCCAGCCUAUGGAAGUGUUGCUCCCAAUGAAGACUAUGCCGAAUGGUAUUGGAAAAGAAUGAACGACCCGACUUUUAAAACUCAGACAUAUCAAUAUCACAACGCAACCUAUGGCAAGAACUUCACAUAUGACGACUUUAUUUCUAACUUUACCGCCACCAACUUCAAUGCCGAAAGUUGGGUUAAUCUCAUUGCUGCGGCAGGUGCGCAGUACAUGGUUCCUGUAACCAAGCAUCAUGAUGGUUUCGCCCUUUUCGAUUUCCCAGCUAGCAUCAGCCAGCGAUCUUCCGUCCAUUAUGGCCCAAAGAGAGAUUUUAUUGGGGAGCUUUUCCAAGCUGCAAAAAAAUAUCAACCGCAAAUUCGCCGCGGACCACCUACUAAUCCAUACACGGGAGCUGUGGAAACCUACACUGGUUUUGUCAACGUCAGCGAUUUCAUCCAGGACAUUCAACUUCCUCAACAAAAUGUGCUUGCAUAUAACUACGAUACGGAAAUUAUGUGGUGUGAUAUUGCCGGCAGCGCUAACAACGCAACCAUUUUUGCCUCGAAGUGGAUCAACUGGGCCCGCGAUCAAGGCCGCCAAGUGACCUUCAAUUCUCGCUGCGGUAUUGCAGGUGACUUUGAUACGCCAGAAUAUCGCACCAAUGGUGGAACUGUUCCCCGCAAGUGGGAAACCAACCGUGGCAUGGAUCCUUUCUCUUUUGGAUACAACUACCGGACCCCUGACUCGCGCUAUCUAACCGGAAAGGACAUCGUUCAGACUUUAGUCGACACCGUCAGCAAAAAUGGCAAUUUCCUCCUCGACAUCGGACCAAAGAACGAUGGUUCGAUCCCCGCCAUCAUGCAACAAGGCCUCCAGGAUGCCGGCAAAUGGAUCCACGCCCAUGCAGAAAGCAUUUUCAAAACACGAUACUGGUCCGUAACUCCAGGCCUGAACAACUGGCGCUACACCACAACUCAAAAUGCCUUUUACAUCCACUACCUUACAACGCCUUCCGGUACAAUUACGACACCAGAUAUCAUCCCGUACUUGCCUGGUGAUACGGUGACUAUUUUAGGAGGAAGCAUGGAUGGUACUGCGGUUCCAGUUACGUGGAAUAGCGACGGAACACUUUCCUUGUCGGUGUCGAGUGCUUUACAAGCUUCGGAUAAGUUUGUUUGGACUUUCAAACUGGCAUAUACCAGUACCUGGUAG